AUGCCUCCUUCUCCAGCUCACUCAUUCGCGUCAACAGCCUUCCCAACGGCUUCGUUGAACAUCCCACCACCGCCUCCCCCACUGUUGCCGAAGAGCUUCCUGUCGAGGGCCGAUGUGGCGGCUUCUAUAACGGCUUAUGAGGAACUUCUCGAUUCUGCAAAAACCUACCGGAAGUCUCUAGCUACAGUUGCGGCCGCCGCAUCGGCAUUUGGAGCAGCAUUGGAAUCAUGCGCAAAAUGCAAGGGAGCAGGUGACACCGCCGACGGUCUGAUGAACGCCGGGGGUCUCCAAUACCUGAUAGCUAGCAACACGCACAUCCUAUCGGAGAGCUUAUAUCGAGGCUUCGAAGUGCCGCUACUCCACGAACUGGACGGCUACAAGGAGAAAACAACGGAGAAUGAGGAACGGUACAAGAAGGAAGCGGACGAGAAGAGCAAAGAGCUACGAAAACGAGAACGGGAACACCUAAAGCUGGCAAGACAGAGAAAGAGGAGUGGGUAUUCCCGAUCCCUUUUUUUUGAGAAAAAAAUGGUGCAACUUUCAAUGUGGAACCAGCCAGCAGCAGCUGAUGCACACGAAGACCUCUCUACGUUUCGCAGUGCUCUGGUGGACCUCACGCGCCAGAUAGAUGAGCUAGACAACCUCAAGUACGCGCACUACCGGGAAGCACUGGCUCUCUCGCAGGAGACCUCCACUCGGAUACUGGACUCCUCGGCGCUAGUAGUCCGCGCGGAGAUUGAGAUCUUCGAAAAAAUCGCGCAGAAGGGCUGGGAUUCCUCCGGCGGUCUGGACGACCUGAUAUCCCGCUCCGCAGAUCCAUUUGCGCACGAGUCCAGCGGAGGCGUCAACGGCGAAGGCGAGAUCUUCUCUAUCCUACCGAGCCAGAGCAUCCUGCCAAGUCCACACGGCCCAGGUAUGAGUCGGCCCGGCUCCAUAGACGACGGCUAUGGCGGCGGGGGCGGUAGCGUCACCACUGCAGCCGGCGCCAGCGCCACGGAUGGAAAAUACCAAAGCCUGACAGGCGCCCUAUCCCACCAUGGUGACUUUGACGGCUACGAUGACGAUGACGCCGGGAGUAUAUUCUCCGGCGGCUUCUCGAAUCCAGGAUUAGACGGCAAUGGAAAUGGCGGCGGCCUCGGUAGAGGAGCCGGGAGAGCCGGAAUACCACCCUUCUCGCCAUCCGCCAGUAGCGCUGGCUGGGCAACCAGAACCGACUCGGCACACUCAGACGUCACACCGCCCAACCUACCAUCUACACUUCGCGAGGAGGGGGACGCCGGGAGGAGCAGGAGAUCAACUACUGCUACCACUGCCACCCUCACUGGCGGGUAUAGGGAAGAUGCUGACGAACGGACGGAGGAUGAAGGCAGUGUGGGGACUGACACCACCGUAUAACGAUGAUGACUAUGAACCGUGGUGAUCCAAAAAUAUGAAUAAAUGUGUUGUUUUUCUUCUAUAGAGUAGGUGGGAGUGUUUGGUCGGAAGCUCAAUCAGAAAGACCAACACCCGCCGAGCUGUAUCAUGUUGCGCUGUUUCUUCUUUUCCUCUUUUUUUCACGCUCGGUGUUCUGGAGUACUUACUGUUUGGGACAUAUGGGUUUCUUUCUUUCUUUCUAUCUCUUCACUAUCAUUGCUUCUAUCUCUAUCUCUCACUCAUAUACGUCCCCUCCAUACGUAGUUAUUCUAGCACCAGUAACAAGCAAGGCAAAGGGGAAGGAAUUUUACCAUAA